CUCUCUCUCUCUCUCUCUCUCUCUUUCUCUCUUCCUUUCUCUCCCGUCUCCUCCCAUCCAAAACAAGCGGCCAUGGCCUCCCAGCAGCCACUCUACCCCCAUGUCCUUCAAACCAACCCUGAAGCCCACGCUCCCUUCCUCUCCAACACCAGCCCCGCCCCCUCCGCUCCCCCCGAACCCUCUUCCUCCUCUCUCUACCCGGCUGUCGACAUGGCCGACCUCGUCGACAACCUCUUCCCCGACGCCGACGACGACCCCAAGAACCCCGACCACCCCGCCAUCCUCCCACCCCCCGUCGAAGAAACCCUCCUCGAGAUCCCCGGCGCCCUCCUCCACCUCAUCGACAAGCACCACAGCGUCGAGCUCGCCUCCGGAGACCUCGCCGUCCUCCGCCUCCGCCAGGGCGACAGCGUCGUUGCCGUUCUCGCCCGCGUCGGCAACGGCGACGACGCCGUCCAGUGGCCCCUCGCCCGCGACGAGGCCGCCGUCAAGCUUGACGACUCCCACUACUUCUUCUCCCUCCGCGUCCCCGAGGGGACCGCCGAUGACGGUGAGGUCGGAUCGGCCGACCUCCUCAAUUACGGCCUCACAUUCGCCUCCAAGGGGCAGGAAAGCUUGUUGAAGGAAUUAGAUGGGAUCUUAGAUAGUUGCAGCGGCUUCUCGGUUCAGAAGGUGAGAGGAAAGGAGGCGUCGGCGGUGCUGGACGGGUCGGUGGCGAUGGAGAUCACGCCGGCGGAGGUCAUGGAGGCCGGACCGAAGAAGGAGAUGAUGGAGGAGCGUUCGGCGGCGUACUGGACGACGCUGGCGCCCAAUGUGGAGGAUUACAGUGGAUCCGUGGCCAAGGCCAUUGUGGCCGGGUCGGGGAAGCUGGUGAAGGGGAUUCUGUGGUGCGGGGAUGUGACUGUAGAUCGGAUCAAAUGGGGGAAUGAGUUCUUGAGGAAGAGGAUGGAGAACACCGAGAAAAAGGAGAUCACCCCGGAGACCAUGAGGAGGAUUAGAAGGGUCAAACGAGUUACCAAAAUGUCCGAGAAAGUGGCAACUGGAAUCCUAUCUGGGGUCGUGAAGGUAUCUGGAUAUUUCACAAGUUCAGUUGCAAAUUCCAAAGUAGGCAAGAAAUUCUUUGGACUCUUGCCAGGAGAAAUCGUCCUUGCUUCUCUAGAUGGAUUUGGCAAGAUUUGCGAUGCUGUUGAAGUGGCUGGGAAGAAUGUCUUGUCAACAUCAUCAGUUGUGACAACUGGUCUUGUAUCUCACAGGUAUGGUGAACAGGCAGCUGAGCUCACAACUGAAAGCCUUGAUGCUGCUGGGCAUGCUAUUGGAACAGCAUGGGCCGUCUUCAAGAUCCGGAGAGCUCUUGACCCUAAGAGCUCCAUCAAAUCCACAAGCUUAGCAAAAUCAGCUGUAAAAGCAUCGGCCGCUGAGCUGAAGCCGAAGCGAAAAUAGCAUAAAAAGCGCCAUUUUUGUUUCCGUCUCUUUUACUUGAAGCUUUAAGCUUUGAACUCUGCAGCUAAAUAUAGGUCGAGUUUUUUUUUUAUAAUAAUAUUCAUGUCUACGAAAUGUUUGUUUUUGUUGUCUCUCUUGUAUUGUAGAUGAUUUCAACACGUUAGCUUCUGUUAUACCACUUAGUUACAUAAAUAUUCAUGGAGUAAUCUUUAUCUUUUGAA